CAUGCGGAAGCCACGUGUGCGUCGCGAGGUCACGUGGCCCGGCGCUGCCGUAGCGGCUCCCGGCUGUAGGGAUGGCGGGCGCUGCCGAGAGGAAGAAGCAGGUUCGCUUCGCUCGUCUGGAGGAGGAGGAUGAAGGCGGAGGAGGAGGAGGAAGCCGCCGCGAGGCAGAGAGUGAGUCGAUGGCAGCGGCAGGAGGGGCGUCUUCGGAGGAGCCACUCGGGGGCUCUGCUGCGCGGCUCGCCCUUCAGCCGCUGGUCGUGGUGGCCGAGGGCGACCGAAGAAGCCGGUCUGGAGGCGGCGGCGGCGAAAGCGCCGCAAAGCGGGAAGCGGCUGUGGCGGCGGCUCCGCGGCGGGCGCUGAAAUGGUGCACUUCGGCGGCUCUUUGCGCCGCUUUCCUGGGCCUGGGUAUGGCCAUUGCUAUCCUAGGGCCCACAUUUGAAGACCUGGCUGCAAAUGUGAACAAAAAUGUCAGUCAAAUUUCUUAUAUUUUUGUGGGCCGUUCAUCGGGGUACUUUGGUGGUUCUCUGAUUGGUGGUAUACUUUUUGAUUGCAUGAAUGCCCAACUUCUCUUGGGAUUUUCUAUGCUGGGUACAGCUCUGGGUCUUUAUGUCAUCCCCUGGUGCAAUAAAGCACUUCUGUUAACAUUCAUGAUGUCUGUCAUUGGGUUUGCAAUGGGAGUCCUUGAUACAGGUGGCAAUGUUCUUGCCUUGGACACAUGGGGAGAAGAAGCCGGUCCGCAUAUGCAGGCCUUACACUUCAGUUUUGCUCUGGGUGCUUUUGUGGCUCCCAUCCUGGCCAAGAUGGCGCUCGGUGGCUCCGCUGUUGGUUCUCCGGUUCUGUUGGGUGGUAAUGUUGACAAUCAGUCUGCCGUGAAUUCUUUUCCUGCUGCUACACCAGUCCUGAAACUGCAUUUAAGCUUGAACUUUAUGUGGUCUUAUGUUGUUAUAGGCAGUUAUCUUUUGUUUGUUGCAUUGUUUUUCCUUGUUUUGUGUUUGAAGAGCAGUCCCGUCCGCGACAGGACAAAGGUUUCCACACAGAAAUACCAGGUUGCUAAAUACCACCGUGCCGUCAUAUGUCUCCUCUCUGUGUUCUUUUUCUGGUAUGUAGGGGCAGAGGUCACUUACGGUUCUUACAUUUUUACUUAUGCAAAAACCUUCGCUGCCAUGAAGGAACAUGAAGCAGCUGGGUUGAAUUCCCUCUUUUGGGGAUCAUUUGCAGCUUGCAGAGGACUGGCAAUUUGUUUUGCUGCUUGCUCUUACCCUGGAACUAUGAUCCUUCUGAGUAUCAUAGGCUCCACUCUGUCAUGCCUAUUCCUGGCACUGUUCAGUACAUACCCAGUCUCUCUGUGGCUUGGCUCUGCAGUAUAUGGAGCAUCCAUGGCGACUAUCUUCCCUAGCGGCAUUUCCUGGAUUGAGCAGUAUACAACCAUCCAUGGGAAAUCUGCAGCAUUAUUUGUAAUGGGUGCAGCUCUGGGGGAAAUGUGUAUUCCUGCAGUGGUUGGCUACCUUCAAGGACAUUUCCCUGCUGUCCCUGUGCUCAUGUAUUCUGCGUUGGGAGCAGCAGCCAUGACAUCAGUGCUGUUCCCCGUGAUGUAUAAAUUAGCUACAUCACCCUUCGAUGCUAAACUGAAGGAUGCUGGGGAUGGUGAGCUCCAGGAAGCCUUAUUGUCCCAUUCUCAUCUUGAGGAUGAUGACGACGACGACGGCAGAGAAUGGAAUGAAGUAGACUUUGAAGUAAUUGAGAUGAAUGACACUAUGAGGAACUCUGUCAUUGAAACAUCCAAGAAGAUCGAAGGGGAAUCGACACCUGCCACCUCUGGUCACCCUUCUUCAAGAAACAUUUUUAAUUCUUCUCCUCGGCUUACUGUCGGCUCCCCAAAACAAAAGAAUUCUAGUAAGAAUGACUAAGCCUCUCUUGCUUUAAGAACAAGAGGUUCACCAAACACUUCAUUAAAGUGGUAAGAAGCUUGGUUAAAUCCCAGUUAAAGUUGGUUUUUGGUAUAAAUGUGUGUUUGCAGGUACCAAAAAGGGAUGAUGUGGUGGAGCCAUUUAUGUGAGUGUGAUGGUAGUAGAAAAAGAAAACAAAAGCCAGGUUUUCAUAAAUCCAUAUUCUAGUGGUUCUUUAGUCAGAUGGUGAGCUUACACCUGGGAAGCGUAGUAAAAUAAUCAUGACUGUCUUGAUUCAUAUCUGAUUUCUAUACUGAACAUUGUAAGCAAGCUUUGACCAAAGGGGGUUGCAUUUCAUUUGAACCAUGGUGUGAUACUUAACGAGGUACCUUGUGAGGGCACCAGGGGUAGUCCUCAUUCUGUAAAUAGUUAUCGCUUGUGUUCCUAAGAUGUUGAUGCCAAGAUUUACUCUAAUAACAAAUAUAUUUUUUAAAAAGUGAAAAAGUUUUUUUGCGGGUUUUGAAUAGUUGUAUCUGAUUUUUGAAAAGCAGAAGUAAUCACAUUAUGAAAAUAUUCAAUUCUUUAGUACUUACAUUAUUGGUACAGGCAGUUUUUAAUUUGUGUGGAGGUUAUGUUCCGGACUCCUGUGCACAUCAAUGGAGCACGCGUAAGCCUGUUCUGCUCCCGCCCCACUCCUUUUCGUGACAUCUUUAUGUUUGUGGGCUACUUUAGGUUCAGGGCCAUGUGGGUGAUUGUGCGUCUUUCAGACAAUCCUAAAUUGAUCGUUGCCUGUACUUUCUCUGGGAGCAAGCUAAAACCCAGGCACAUGUAUUUCCCUUUAUGCAUGAGUAAGCCCUAGCCAUCCUAUUUCCACUAACAGAACUUACAAGUCAUAUCAUUUUAUUUUAUUUUACUGAAAAGCACAUGGCAACAGCAAUUUGCUAGGUUACUGUAGAAGGGAAAUGCUGUAAUCUGUAAUGGCACUUCAUCCAGAUCCUUACCCUCAAUAAUGCCACUUGGUAGAGGUGUUCUUUCUAGAACAUGCAGAAUGUGGUUUAAAGAACACAACAUUGCAAGCACUACUAGAAGAGCACAGGUUGUGCUUUCUUCCCCCACUCCAAUCCAGGCAUAAGUUCUCAACUUAUUAAUUAGUGUACAGACUGUCCAUACAUAAGAAAUGCUCUUUUGUAACUGCUGUAUAAUUGGAAUGGCAUUAUUUAUGACUGUACAAUUAAAUGGCAAGAUUCUGUGGUAUGUGGUUUGUUCAUGGUGAAACAGAGGAAUUGUGGACUGGAACUUGGGAAAGCUAGCAUUUUGGCUGUAGACAAUGAAGCUACCUCAGUGGGAUGAUUUUUAAUAUUAAAAGCUGAAUAAGUGAAGUCUUUUAAAAACUAAGCAUUAAUAUGCAAUAAAUUGCGAUUAGACUGAAUUUGUACACUGUUUCACAAUUAGAAAUAUUACAAAUGUAAAAGCCAGAGUUAAUUGUUUCCAUUAACUGAAUCUCAUUAGUAAAUUUCUUAACCGUUGGAACUGCCUGAAGUGUGUAUAUCCAGCUUAUAGUUGCCUGUAAGAACUAGGAUCCAAAAUACUACUUUAGGCAUGCAUAGAGGAUUGAAUAUGCCCAGGGGAUUGUCCCCCCGCCCCCAUUUUGAAUGGUGCAGGUCAUUGCCAUAACAAGAACAGAUUUUCCAUGCACUAUGAAAAGCUGUUGUUGCUGAAUUACAGUUUCAGAGUUUCUCUGAAGCCGAAGCCAUGUGGUUGUGUGGUAGCCUUUUCAUUGAUGAAAAUCGCUUCCGGUUGUUGGGUAAAAUCAAAUCAAGAGCAUGGUAAUAGUUUAUGUUUUUCAAGAAUUUGUGCUGAAUUGUGGGUGUUGGGUAUUACAAGGUCGCAUUAAGGAUUCUUGCUCUUCCUUGGGGUUCUAGGUAUUGUAAAUACUGUAACUCCAAACUCAGUAUUUACUUGAGGAAUCGGGUCCUUUCCUAUAAUGCAAAUGUUAUUCCUGGUAUAUUUGUGAUUGUUUUGUAUGAAAUAGACAUUUUGAUAACUUGUUUUAACUCACAUCAAUGCUACAUUUGCCUUAAAUGUUAUAGCUCUUAUUUGGGUAUGAUUAUUAGUUUUUCUCAAGUGUGUGUCUAUUGGUAAGGUAAUUUUGUAAUGUAAAUGCAGCUAGGGAGUUAAUUGCUUGUGUUUACAGGGGUAUUGGGAAGUGUGAUAUUUUCUUGAAUAAAAAUUAUUUAUUUACCAAA